UAAUUUAGUACAAGUUGAUUUUUUCUUUGUAUUCAAUAACAUUCAAAAUAUGUUUGAGAUUGCUACUUUUUAAAUCCAUUCAAUACCAAUUUUUGAUAUAACCGACAGUAUUUCAGUUCAUAAUAGUGGUGAAUGUCUAAUAUCAGUGCAAAACUUCAUUCGUUUUUAAUAGUUCGAGAAAAUAUUUUGACGCUAUUACAAGAUUUGUGGACAAUCGAGUGGCGAUAGAAGGCUAGUGCGAACAAGUCGGCCAUUUUGUCGGACCGGCAGAACAACCCAAAAAAAUCCUGAAAUUUUCGGAUUACAGAAGUAUAAUCAGGUGUUCCGGAAUCUAUAGCAGUUCUCGUGCAUACGAGAACAAAAAGGGAUUAAAAUAUUGAUUCUUUCUUGAUUGACAUGUAUGUUUGUUGCAAUUGUCAAUAGAUUCGCUGACAAAUUUUCUGAAUCAUGACUUACGAUACUGGUGGACGUGUAUUAGAGCCCCCUGAGGAACAAAAUGAUGCAAAUUUCACAAGUAGCACUGAACAAAGCGAUCCAAAUCCCGAAACUUUGAUAUCUAGUUUUCCUGAAGAAAAACUUUCAUCACUCAACAUAAAAAUAUCUAGCUCGCGCUGGGUAGUACCAGUGCUACCUAAUCAAGAAUUAGAAUGCCUUCUAAAUGCUGCUAUAAAACUUUCCCAAGCUGGGAUAGACAGCGAAUGCGAGCCAUGCAUGAAGUUCUAUCGAGAUGGUCUAACAACUUCGUUUAUGAAGAUCCUCACCGAUGAAGCAGUUUCCUCGUGGAAAUACAACAUACAUCAUUGUAUUUUGAUGUCUUGUAGUAAAUUGCUGCAUUUGAUAGCUUUACACAUAAAAGAUGACAAUUCACAUCUGCUGAAUCUUCUAGCAGUAGUGUUCGAUCCUGAAAACAAAUUCCACACACAAAAUGCAUCUCGUCAACUAGAACUCCAUUUGUCACUAGGUGAAUCGGAAGAGCCACUUCAAGACGGGGAUGUUUUCGCCAGAUCGCCUCUUGAGCCAAAGAAUCCUCGUGGUUGGUUGGUAGACUUGAUUAAUAGAUUUGGAGAAUAUAAUGGAUUUGACAAUUUUCUGGAACGUAUUCAAAUCGGUAUAACUUUGUUUCGUCAACGACGGGAUGCAGAAAUCCUAAUAAAUAAAGUAACCUCAAAGGCCUCUCUCGAUGACAAUAUACGUUCAAACACAUCAACAACUCCAAAUUCUAAAAUGGCGAGGCCUAACAGCAUGGAUUCAGACGAGUCAGGGAAAUUGUCAUUGCCAACAUUGUAUGCGCUACUGCGACCGUUCGGGCAAUGUGCUGAAUUACUAACUUCGUCGACAAUUGAAAAAUAUUUUAUGCCUAUCUGGCCUGUAGUCUUAGAAAUUUUAGAAAAUCUCUCCGAUGACGAGCUAAAGCGCGAUGCAAAGUUUGAAGGAAAAAAUGAUAUUAUUACGGGAAUUGUAAAAUAUGCUCGUGCUUUGAUUAACCGCGUACAGAAUCAUGAAAAUCUGCAGCGCACUUUCGAAAUGUGUCGUCUGAAAAUCAUACUACGGGUUUUACAGAUUUCUAGUUUCAACGGUAAAAUGAACGCACUGAACGAAAUCAAUAAAGUACUAGGCUAUGUAUCGUACUAUCCUCACCGCCAAAUUGCGGAAGAUGAAUUAGACGGGCUGAACGCAGAAAAAAUGGCGAAAUGGAUUCGAGACAAUGAUGUUCUAGGAAUAGUUCUGAGAGAUUCACUCCACCAACCACAGUAUGUCGAGAAGUUGGAGAAAAUACUCCGUUUUCUUAUUAAAGAAAAAGAACUCACGUUUGACGAUUUGGAUGCGGUGUGGCGUGCUCAGGCUGGAAAGCACGAGGCAAUAGUUAAAAAUGUACACGACCUCCUAGCCAAGCUUGCCUGGGAUUUCAAUGCGGAACAAUUGGAUCACUUGUUUAAAUGUUUCCAGGCAAGCAUGAAAUCAGCUAACAAAAAACAAAGAGAAAGGUUACUAGAACUAAAUCGUCGGCUGGCAGAAGAUGACAAGAACGGUGUAAUGGCGCAAAAAGUUCUUAAACUGUUCUGGACAUUGGCACAUAGUGCAGAUAUUCCUCCCGAAGUACUAGACCAAGCUCUGGCUUCCCACGUAAAAAUUCUUGAUUAUAGUUGCUCACAAGAAAGAGAUGCUCAGAAAACAAUGUGGCUAGAUAAAUGCGUCGAAGAACUCAAAGCUGGGGACGAAUGGGCACUUUCCGCCUUGCGUCUUAUUCGUGAGAUAUGCACACUGUAUGAAACAACAUCGAGUCAUACACCAAGGGUGCACCAAAUGUUAACCAGGCAGCAAGUAAUCGACAGGCUACAAAAUGAGCAUACACUAGUAAUACUAGUAACAACUAGUUUGACUAAAUAUAUGGAUAAAGUAAGAGUACAAGUUAAGCAGAAUCCAACAUUGAACCCUAUGAAUCUGAUACUAGACAAACGGUACCCACAUCCACAGCAAAUACAAGAACGACUUGAGUUUUUAAAAUUUCUACUAAAAGACGGUCAGCUAUGGCUCUGUGCCGAACAGGCAAAGCAGAUCUGGCAAUGCUUGGCGGUUAAUGCAGCUUUUCCAAGUGACCGUGAAGAAUGUUUUCGUUGGUUUGGUAAGCUAAUGGGCGAUGAACCGGACCUAGAUCCUGGAAUCAACAAAGAUUUUUUUGAGAACAAUUUACUGAAAUUGGACCCGACCUUACUAACGGAAAGUGGUAUAAAGUGCUUCGAGCGUUUCUUUAAAGCGGUGAACUCAAAAGAGGAACGCCUGAAAGGAAAACAGCGUGGUUACGUGCUCGAUAAUGAGGAUUUAAUUGGCAAAGAUUAUCUCUGGCGGGUGAUUACUGAUGCUGAGGAGGAUAUCGCUUUUAAGGCAAUAGACUUACUCAAGGAAGUGUCUACUGCUCUUGGGCCAAGAUUGCAGGCCAAUUUGAACGAUUUCCAUGAAAACUUUAUCAGUGAAUGCUGUGAUAGGCUACAAAACUACUACGAGACUGUAAAGGUGUUGACUGGUGUAAUUGAAGAAAAUUCAAAACUUGUAGAUGAUGAUAUUAGUAGUACAAGACUGCACACGGCAGAAAAGAUGUGUCGUGUAGUGAAAACACUUCAAGAAUACAUAAAAGAAUGUGAUAGAAACUAUACAGGUGAACGAACGCUGCUACCUUUAAGUCGAGCGUCGCGUGGAAAACACAUAAAUCUAUACAUACGUUUUCAAAAUCCAGGACGACAACUAGAAGAUUUGGAAGUGAUUACACACAACAACGAAACGAUAUUCUCUUUCAAACGUAAUCUGUUGAAGCGAAUUAAAGCUACCAUAAAUAAUUUGAAAAUUGAUUUGUACAAUUGCAAUGGGGAACCAAUUGAGAUAAUCGACGAUCGCCAUCCAUUGUCUAAUUACAACAUUCGCGACAAAACUUUAAUUACGGUAAAGCUCACACCGAGUGGAUCUGGUUUAGCUAGCUCUCCCGACAGCUCAAGUGACAGCAGUUCUAGUUCACCUCCGAGACCUUGCCUGGACAUGCUAAGGUCCGAGUCCGAGGAUAUGCUGCCAGGUGUGAUUAUUUCUCAGAAGCCAGCAUACAUGGAUUUCCUUCUAAAAAUCUAUCAGCUUGGAAGUGAUCUUCAGCACGGUUUGUUAAGAGACAGUUGUGUUUUCCUUUUGCAUCUUUUGCCAUUAGAUAGACAGACAGUCGCGAACAUACAUGCGAUGUGUAAUUUCAACAAUUCGGAGAAAACAACCAACUCAUUGGUAGACAAUAAUAGUAGCACUCGCACUCCAGAAGCGCUCUUUAUUGAUCCAAGCCCAGCACGUGUUCUAUACAAUCUUGAAGUAAUCCACGCAAUGCUCAUACCAGCGCUAGAUCCUGGUAGUGAGGCGACACUCAAUCUUCAAUCGCGCUGGUUGCAUUGCGGUGCAUCUCAUUUCAUUCUGGAUCUAUUGACGAAAAACAACUUUUUGCCUACUGCUGACAUGCACACGAAACGUGCAGCCUUCCACUGUGUGCUCAAAAUAGUGAAAUUUUUCCUCUAUAUUGCUGGCUGCAUACUUAGCAAAGUUGGCAAUGAUCCUAAAAAUUUUCACCCUGAUACCGAUCGCUCGCAGGUCGAGAUAAUAAAACAAGUUAUACAAGCAAUUCCUGGAAAUUCUGAAUUGACAAUCAGAUCCAUGGCAGUCAAGCUGGCACAGAAUAUCGCUGAUGAAAUGUUAACGCCUAGUGCAGAAGGCGACAGGUACCGUAACCUAUUUCAAUCAACGCUACAUUGGAGUUUGCCAGACAUGUCUACUAUCAAAGCAAUUGUAAAUCUUGCUUGGGCCGCUUCAGGCAAUAACUUGGAAUACAUUGGAUCAUCAGUUGACUUCAGCCAGAAUAUAACUGCUCCGGAAUUGGCUGAUUACGCUGUCUGUAAAGAAGCUCUUGAGGUGCUCUGCAUUGCAUUAGUUCUACAUUAUAGUGCAUACGAAACACUUAGUCGCGAUAAUACCUGGUCGAUUUUCAUACAGUCUCUGGUUCUCACAAAUCCUUCGCGUCAUAUACGGCAAACUGCAUACGAACAACUUUUUCUCAUUAGUACUUACUGCGCAUCGGAUAGACGACCAUUCCUAUUUAUGGUAAAACUGUUGAUUAAACUUUUACGUACAGUGAUUCCCCAGCAUCAGGAAACUUGCGCUGACUACUUUCAAUUGUUUUGCCGAAUACUUAGUUAUGGAUGUUCAUAUAGUUGGCCAUUGCCCAUAUGCGAAGAAUUAUUGAUACAAGAAAUAGAUUGGUUACGUGCUAUUCGCGACAGUGUAAAGUCAACUGGCGGAACUGGAGUACACGAUGACCUUCUGGAAGGCCACCUGUGUCUAACAAAAGAACUAAUGUGUUAUCUUAGCCCAGAAGUAAAAUCACUAAGAAGUGACUUAAUAACGGAGAUUACGGAUGACUACCUCUUUAGCGCUUCCCGCCAAUAUCUGCAUUUGCGUCGCAAUGGCCAGAUACUCGACAUCAAUGCUGCCCCGCCUGUGUGUCGUAAUCCACAUACGAUUUCCGCUGCAUGUGAUUUGUUAGUCGCCUUGUGUCAGAAUUCCGUUGAAAACAUGAAAAUUCUAGUUAAAACACUGCUUGAUAUGUUUUGCACCGAUAUCGAGCCACUCCGUGAAUGGGAAUACUUACCACCGGUGGGACCUCGCCCAUCACAAGGUUUUUGUGGACUAAAAAACGCUGGUGCUACCUGUUAUAUGAACUCUGUGUUACAACAACUUUUUAUGGUGCCAUCGCUGCGAAUCGGAAUAUUGUCAGCACAAGGAGCUGCGUCGGAUCCUACUGAAGAUUUCAGUGGAGAAUUGGAUUCUCACACUGUUCAGGAAUGUGAUGACUCAGUUGAAAAAAAUUAUCAUGUAGGAAUUUUAAAGCACGUUCAAGCCAUUUUCGCGCAUCUAGGCCAUAGUUCACUUCAGUACUACACUCCAAGGGGGCUGUGGAGUCAUUUCAAACUUCAAGGAGAACCUGUAAACCUUCGAGAGCAGCAAGAUGCAGUUGAAUUUUUCAUGUCUCUUUUUGAAAGUUUAGAUGAAGGUUUAAAGGCAUUGGGCUAUUCACAACUUAUGGGUGCUACGCUUGGCGGAUGUUUCAGUGACCAGAAAAUUUGUCAGGAUUGUCCACAUCGUUAUAGCAAGGACGAGCCAUUUAGUGCUUUCAGUGUAGAUAUUAGAAAUCAUAGCUCGCUAACUGACUCUCUCGAGCAAUAUGUUAAGGGGGAAAUUUUAGAAGGCGCGGAUGCUUACCAUUGUGAUAAAUGUGAUAAAAAGGUGGUGACCGUAAAACGGUUGUGUGUGCGAAAGCUGCCACCUGUUCUAGCUAUUCAACUUAAGCGAUUCGAGUAUGACUACGAGAGAGUGUGUGCGAUUAAAUUUAAUGAUUACUUUGAGUUUCCUCGUUGGUUGGAUAUGGCACCGUAUACAGUUUCGGGGUUGGCUAAAAUCGAAGGCGAAGUGAUAGACAUAGACGACAGCAGGCCAGAUGAUUCCACUGAAACGCGUUACCAGCUAACAGGUAUCGUGGUACAUAGCGGACAAGCAUCUGGUGGCCACUAUUUCAGCUAUAUACUACACAAAGCACCAGAUGGUUCUGAAAAGUGGCAUAAAUUCGAUGAUGGCGAAGUUUCAGAAUGCAAAAUGAACGAAGACGAAGAGAUGAAAGCCCAAUGCUUCGGUGGGGAUUAUAUGGGUGAAGUGUACGACAACAAUUUGAAAAGAAUACAAUAUAGACGUCAGAAAAGGUGGUGGAAUGCCUACAUGUUGUUUUAUACUAGAUGCGACCACACACCAGUGAUACACACGAAUUGUGUAGAGCAGCUGUCCCUAGCGGAAAGCAAGCACUGCAUACUACCGAUGCCAGCACCAAUCGAACGAAGUGUAAGGACUCAGAAUAUACGAUUUCUUCAUGCCAAAAGUUUAUUUUCUGUGGAAUUCUUCACGUUUAUUAAAAAAUUAGUUAACCUGCCACAGCUACAAAGAAGCGAAAAGAUUGAAAAACUGCCACCAGCCACUGAAGAUUUAUCUUUGCUAAGUAUGCAACUCGCUUCACAAUUUCUGUUCCAUUCAGGUUACCGAACAAAGAAAACGAUUCGCGGAGUGGCCAUUGAUUGGUACGAAACACUUUGUCAGCACAUACGGACUACGGCGGUCGUUAGAAGGUGGUUUGCUGAAACUGUACUUUUAAACCCCCCCACACGAUUAAGUGAAUAUAUAUUGGCAGCACCGUCGCCUGAGAUACGCUCUGUCUUCGGGAAACUAGUUGUUUUCUUUUGUCACUGUGCCGCUAAUGAUGAACCCAUUCAAGGUUAUGAAGGAAGUAAUUUGUGUGAGCAAGUACUCAUCGCAGUCUUAUCCUUACUGAAAGGAGAUGUCGCUGAUUUCGGAAAACAUUUACCGCAAUAUUUCAACCUAUUCAGCCUUUAUGCUGGUUUAGGACUACAUGAAAAACAGCAACUAAUAAGACUUAACGUUCCUGCCGUCUUUAUGAAGGUAGCGUUAGAUGAAGGCCCUGGAGGUCAAAUCAAGUAUCAGUAUCCAGAUCUGAGUAAGCUGCAUUAUGUAGUUUCGCAUUUAAUUCGUUCAUGUGACGUGUCAAGCAGAUGCCAGAGUUCGACUGGUGUGGUAGCAGUGAAACCAAAUAUUUAUAUUGAUCCGCACAUAACUUAUGACACACUGAUGCCUCUUUCUCUGGAGUGUAGCGAAUAUCUCUUCAAUAGAGUGAGUUACGUCAAACGAUUAAUUGAGGAUACAAAUAUAGGUGAAGAAGGUGUUAAACUGCUGCAGUAUUGCAGUUGGGAAAAUCCUCACUUUUCCCGAUCGUUGCUUGCAGAACUGUUAUGGCACUGCGGGUAUGCGUACUGGCACGAAAUGAGACACCACACAGAACUGCUGCUUCACAUACUGCUUAUUGAAGAUUCUUGGCAAAACCAUAGGAUACACAACGCAAUUCUGGGCAUUUCAGAUGACAGGGAAGGUCUUCUGGACAUAAUUCAACGGAACAAAAUGAAUUAUCAGAAACGUGCGUAUCAAUGCAUAAAAUGUAUGGUUCAACUGUUCAAUCGAAGCCGGGUAGCAUUGAACAUGCUUCAUAAUACAGUACAACUGGGACGCCAAUGGGCUCAUGCUGUGGAGUGGUUGCAAGACGAGCUUGAUCGGCACAGGGGAUCUGGUGGCCAGUAUAAUUAUAAUUCAUGGUCACCACCUGCGCAAAGCAACGAUAGCACAAACAGUUUUGUAUUAGAGCGAUCUCAAUCUGCCAAAAACGUACUGCAAAUGGCGUUCGAACUUUGCCCCGAAGAAGAUCAAGAAGAUCAACAUGAAAACGAAGUAGAAGAUAACAAUGAAAAUGAUCAAGUGGUAACAACAACGUCUACAGCCAUAAACGAUACAACGAAACAUGCUUGUGUACAGAAACAGCAGCUGCUGCUGAGCACAUUGCAGGAGGGAAACCAAAAUUCUAGUCCGUCUUCUAUAACUAACGUUAGUAAGCUAUUGUCUAAAGUGAAUAUCCAUGCGGAUGAGGGGUACGAUUCAACAACAAAAACAAGCAUUCAAAAUGUGGAUUUCAUAACUCAAACGUGGCAUCGCAUCAGUCGCCUGGAUCCCAGUUCUUCAGCAACAUCAGAAUUAGAUGCUGAUGCAGGGCAGUCUGGUAAUCGAGAGAUGGCUGAUAUGGACAUGUACAUGACGGAACUAUUCGGUGGUGCUUCAUCAUUUGAUUCUAGCGUCUCAGACGGUCCUUCUUUUAGAAAACAAAUGCAGCAAUUAGCAGCUGAGCCACGACAACCGUAUAAUUACGAUGUGUUCAAACACUGGUCGUCAAGAAAGCAUACACAUCGUGAACUGCAUGCGGUAGCCAUGGUGGUUUUUGCUUUGCCAGCUACGGAGGUAUCUGUGGAAAGAGCAUUUAGUGCCCUAGCUUUAGUGCUUUCUGACCUCAGAACCGGAUUGUCCGAAGAUACACUGGAACAUAUUCUUUUGCUUAAGUUAAACAAAGAUGUUUUCAAAAAAGUUAUGCCAAAAUUAUAUGAUUGGAAACACGCUUCGCCUGAAGAAAAUAAAUAGAAAUUAAUAUUAGUCAGUAUACCU